GUGGAUGAGCUGACUGCAGCACGCCAGCCUGCAGAAGUGGACGCUGGUCAGCUGCAACGCUAUCUGGAAGAAGGGGCUUCAAUUUCGGGGGAAUCAACUGGCUCAUCAGUGGAAAUCGAGCGGCGAGUCAUCACCGACAUUACAACUCAUGAAAUUAAAACAACCACAUAUCAUGAUCCGGAAACUGGUAGAGCGAUUUAUGAAGUUACGGCGACAGCAAGCAGUGGAGAUGAUGGUACUCGCACCCAGAUAUUUAACUUACCGACUGAUGCAAAUUUGUUCAUUAAGUUUUCACGAGCGCCAAUCGAAGCAGAAGCUGAACAGUACGCAGCAGCAACGAGAUCCGAACGUUUUGAGCAUGCGGAUUCAGCAGCAGCAGCAGCAGCAGCAUCGGCAUCAGCAGCAGAGCAACAGUACAGCAGGAGCGAAUCACGGGCAGGAGCAGGAGGAGGAGGAGCUGUUCGAGAACGUGGCACUCGAGAGUAUACAGCUACGCGUACCACUGGUCAAAUGGGAGGUGGCGAUUAUGGUGAGCAAGAAGGUGGUUAUGGGCAAGAGGAGGAAGAGGUUGCUGAAGGUGUCUAUGACAGAACCACUAAGAAAAUUGAACAAUGA